AUGGAGCGGCGGGAAGAGAUCGAGGGAGAGAGGAGCGAGCGCGCUCGUGUGUGCGGGCGCAUCCAGGGCCACAAGACCACCGCGUUUCCAUGCUCCCUCCAGGAAAAGCAACGGGCUGAUCAAAAUUCUCGCCUCUGGGCUCGACUGUGUUUCGGGCCUUUUCCCCCAUGCCUGCCUCGUCAGGCGGCAGAUGGACUGGCUCCUGUCCGGAGAUCAGUGCGCAUCUGGUGCAUCAUGCGGUGCUCCCAGUCGCCCCUGGUGCCACGUGCUGGCUCCUUAUCAAGGCGAAGAUACAAUAUUUAUUCCUCGUCUCCUGGGAUGCUGCGCGUCUUCUAUUGUCCUCCCCGUUCCUCAGUGCUGAUGCUUAAUUUUUCCAACUUCUAUAUUACCAAGGGACCUACGACAUCAGCCGAGAAAUACCCCGCAAGUACAAAAUCUGCGCGCCAGCCCCGUCCGUGCAGAGGGGAGACGCGCGCCUCUGCCCUCACACCGACUCACAGCACUCGAGGAGGACUUGGUCUAUUCGUCGCGCACUUUUACCGGGGGAUUUUAACGCGUUUUUAUUAAAAAAAAAACAUCGGAGAGGAGGGGGAAAAACUGGUCGGUUUUUUUUUUAGGGGGGGAGAAAGCACAAUGUCAGCAACCUUUCCCGGACUUGUCCACGACGCCGAGAUACGUCACGACGGAUCAAACAGCUACAGGCUCAUGCAGCUCGGGUGCCUGGAGUCCGUGGCCAACUCCUCGGUCGCCUACUCCUCCUCCUCCCCGCUCACCUACCCUGCGCCGGCGGGCACGGAGUUCGCGUCUCCGUACUUCUCCGCCAACCACCAGUACACGCCCCUGCACCACCAGUCCUUCCACUAUGAGUUCCAGCACUCGCACCCGGCCGUCGCCCCGGAGGCCUACGGGCUCAACUCGCUGCACUCGGGCCAGUACUACCAGCAGAUCCACCACGGAGAGCCCGCGGACUUCAUCAACCUGCACAGCGCGCGAUCGGCGCUCAAGUCGUCGUGCUUGGACGAGCAGCAACGGCGGGAGCUGGGCUGCCUCGACGCCUACCGCCGCCACGACUUGUCGCUCAUGACGUCACACGGCUCGCAGGCCUACGGCGUCGGGAUGCACCACGCCGACCAGAGACUGCUGCCGGCGGCCGGCCUGGGCCUCGCUUCUGCCGCAGACGACCUGCAGGGCUCCGUGGAAGCGCAGUGUGGGCUCAUGCUCAACGGCCAGGGGGGCGUCAUCCGCAGAGGGGGAACGUGUGUGGUGAACCCGACAGAUCUGUUCUGCUCGGUACCGGGUCGACUGUCACUGCUCAGCUCCACCUCCAAGUACAAAGUCACCAUCGCCGAGGUGAAGAGACGACUGUCACCGCCGGAGUGCCUCAACGCCUCACUGCUGGGUGGAAUACUGCGCAGAGCCAAGUCAAAGAACGGCGGCCGGUGUCUUCGGGAGAAAUUAGACCGCCUCGGCCUCAACCUGCCGGCGGGGCGGAGAAAAGCUGCCAAUGUCACGCUGCUAACCUCCCUGGUGGAGGGAGAGGCGCUCCACCUGGCAAGAGACUUUGGCUACACCUGCGAGACAGAAUUUCCCAGCAAGGCGGUUGGCGAGCAUUUGGCCCGGCAGCACAAUGAGUCGAAAGAAAACAACGCGCGGAAAAAAAUGGUUCUGGCUACAAAGCAAAUCUGUAAGGAAUUCCAAGACUUAUUGAGUCAAGAUCGUUCUCCUCUGGGAUCCUCCAGACCAACACCCAUCCUGGACUUGGACAUCCAGAGACACCUCACACAUUUCAGUCUCAUCACUCACGGUUUCGGCACACCGGCGGUUUGUGCCGCUCUCAGCACUUUCCAGACAGUCCUCAGCGAGAUGCUCAACUACCUGGACAAAAGCUCCAGCGGGAAAACAAGCGGACCCAACGACCAGCAGAUCAACGGCAGCUCGGAAAAGUCGCACCUCCGCAAGGCAGCCGAGCCUCAGAGCAAAGACGGCAAAACUGAAAAGACGGAGUAGUCCGAUCCACUUUGGGCCCCCCUGACCCUCCCCCGUGCCUUGGAGCUGUGUGUGUGUGUGUGUGUGUGUGCGUGUGUGUGCGUGUGUGUGUGUUCAUUAAUAUAUAUUUAUUUCUUUAUUUAUUGACUCCCUAUUUAAGAUGGCUACAUGUGUUUUCAGCACUGGGCUGGUCACUGCACAUUCCACAAACACACACACGGUCCCCACUUGGGGAAAUUUCUCCAAAUGAUCUGACAGGGUAUUAAAAAAACAACAAAAAAACUUUUUUUUUUUUUUUUUUUUUUUUUUCUGUCUUAUGGACCAACAUGAAAGGAGUCCUUACAAUAAAGUCAGGACGUCAAGGUUGUGUCGCACGAGGACAGAAAGACUAAGAAAACAAACGAACAAACACACAAUGGUGGAAGAGGAAAUGUCAAAAAAUAAACCGCGAUGUUUUUACAUUUCUAUGUGACAAAACCGCCUUUUUCAGCGCACGAGUGAGAUCUUUCACGAAGCUGCAAAAGCACUUUGCAGGCAUACUUUGGAACGUUACCAUGCCAACAGUUUUGUUUUGGAAUGUGAGAUUACUGUGUGUGUGUGUGUGUGUGUGUGUGUGUGUGUGUGAGACGCUGAUGCAAGCCUGUUCUCAUGAGAAUUUAGUCGGGUUUUGUACGAUUCGGUGAGUCGCCCUAAGUCAGGGGUGUUCAAACUUUUUCCACUGAGGGCCGCUCAUUGAAAAAUCAAAGCUAGCAGUGGUCAUUUUGAUAUUUUAUAUUUUAAAAACCAAUACAAUAUACACUACCGUUCAAAAGUUUGGGGUCACCCAAACAAUUUUGUGGAAUAGCCUUCAUUUCUAAGAACAAGAAUAGACUGUCGAGUUUCAGAUGAAAGUUCUCCUUUUCUGGCCAUUUUGAGCGUUUAAUUGACCCCACAAAUGUGAUGCUCCAGAAACUCAAUCUGCUCAAAGGAAGGUCGGUUUUGUAGCUUCUGUAACGAGCUAAACUGUUGUCAGAUGUGUGAACAUGAUUGCACAAGGGUUUUCUAAUCAUCAAUUAGCCUUCUGAGCCAAUGAGCAAACACAUUGUACCAUUAGAACACUGGAGUGAUAGUUGCGGGAAAUGGGCCUCUAUACACCUAUGUAGAUAUUGCACCAAAAACCAGACAUUUGCAGCUAGAAUAGUCAUUUACCACAUUAGCAAUGUAUAGAGUGUAUUUCUUUAAAGUUAAGACUAGUUUAAAGUUAUCUUCAUUGAAAAGUACAGUGCUUUUCCUUCAAAAAUAAGGACAUUUCAAUGUGACCCCAAACUUUUGAACGGUAGUGUAUGUAUAAAAAAUAUACAUUUAGGCUUCCACUCAGGCUUGAUCCCGGGUACCCCAAAGGGUUUUGGUCCAAACAAUAUAAAAAAUGUGUCAUUAUUCAGUAUUAUUAAAAACUUGAAUAAUAACACAAAUAAUUAUUCAAGUUUUUAAAUCUCUAGAUCAACAUUAGGUCUAUCUGUCAGUAUAACAAUUGUUAAAGAUUUAAAUUGUAUGCUCUUUUUGUCAAAGAAAAACCUUUUUUUUAAUGAAAAAAACACAAAAUAUGCAAUAUUUUCACCCAAUAAAAUUUUUAAGUGGGAUAUUUGAGAUUAUAUAAUA